UUCCACAUGAAUUUAAGCCAGGGAUCUUCAUCCGCGUAUCCCGCUUCGGCAGCAAAACACCACACCUGGAUAUGCACCUGCAUCACGUCAAACCCCUCUCUUUAUAUUCCUACAUUCUGCAAUAUCUACCUUUCAAUCCUCCCUCCGGUUCUUCGACCACUUACUAGGUUGAUGAACACGGAUGGCCCUGGAGGCAGCAGAGGCUGAUAUUCUCGGCCAAUUUCUCCAAGACUUUCCGCCUGCUUUCAUUUCUCUUUUCAUAUCUGGCACUCUGUUGUAUUUUUGUCUAUAUGCUUUUGCGAGAGGGCGGAAGAUAGUCUUUGUUGGCUUAUCAGUUCCUACAUUAUUGCUAUUCUGGGCGAGUACGUAUGUGACGGUCAGAUGUGCGGCUUUCAGGGCGUUGUUGAAUUUUGCAGUCGCUGUAGCCACAAUGAAGCUCCUCGACCUCCACAUCCUCUCCCUCACUAACUCGAUCCCACAAUAUACCUCCGGCCUUCCUCUCCGGCCCUCCCAUCAUGCCCUCAUCCUCCUCACCGAACUUCGCUACGAAUCCUUCACGCCAAACCCAAUCCGCCAUGCACCACCACCAAAACUCCCAUUCCCUAACUCACUGCAGAACCGCCAACAUUUCUACUCCGAGCACGUCCAGCUACUCCUCCAUCUAGCGGGCUUCAUCAUUCUCCAAUCUGGGCCUCAAUAUCCUCCCAUCAAAGCGCUUGGCAUCCUCUUCACCAUCUACAUAAUCUGGACUUCGAUCCAACUCCUAGUCCGCUAUCGCACUUCGCCGCCAUUAUUUGGCCCGAUCUACCUCGCCCACAGCCUAGCGACUUUUUGGACAGAGACAUGGCAUAAUGCUUUCGCUUCGCCGUGCCUCAGUCUUGCAUACAAGCCUACACUCUCCCUCCUCACCGCUCUCCGCUUCCCUCGCUCCUUUUCAAGGGCCGCCGCCGUGGUAGCCUCGUUCUCGCUGAUGGCAGCUUUCCAUGUAUAUGCACUGGCUCCGUUGUUGAGUGACGAGGGAAGGAAACGGGUUGCCUUGUUCUUUGUUGGGAACGGCGUGCUUACAGUACUAGAGGUUGCCGUUUGGGGGAAGAGGAGGCACUGGGUGAGAGCGGUGGUGGCUUGGGUUGUGGAACUAGUGCUUGCCAGCUGGGUGGUGCAAGCUGUGGAGGUGGCGGAUGGGGUGUUGGAGGCAGAUUGGCGGGGCCUUUGUAAGGGUAGAACAGGUGGAUGA